GGCAAAGCGUGUGUCGUUACGGCUUAAGUUAACAUGGUUCCGUUAAAGAAGUGUCCCAUGGUUUCGCGUCUAUUAAAGUAAUCCUCCCUGCACGGUGUCGUUAGUCCACUUAAAGACUAAAUGGCGAACUUUGAGACGCAAGCGACAUCCAUUUUGGAGCAAAUGGCCAACAGGGCUGUGGUCGAAAUGUGCAAAGUUUUCUCCGACACGACGGGCGAGGACGACAGCACUCAGCUUGCAUUGACGGAUAAAGUGAUCCAUCAUGUCAACACCUUCAUGACAUUGCUGGCUCAAGAGGCUGUCGACAACAUCUGUCAGCUUUUCCAUCAAUGUUCUUCUCUGCUGCACUUGCAAGUGGAUCAAGGGGAGGUGCAGCUGGAGGACGUGAGGAUGAAACUGGAUGUGGCGGAGAAGGCGCUGAGUAUGAUGUUGCAAAGCUCUUUAGCCGUGGUAGUGCAAGAGCAGGUGCAGGAGCAGGUAGUGGAUGGAGGAGUGAACAUGUUGGAAGGAGCGACGCACAGCUCAGCUGUGGCCGGUGAGAUUGAAAAGUCUGCCAUCAUUGACCUGACUUACGAGGACAACAUGCUUGCAGCACCGACACAUGACACCUUUGUUCACCAGAUGUCGUGUGGUUCCAGCCAUCAGGAAAAUAACUCAGAUCCUGCUGACCACGAUGCACAAGUCUAUCAGAAGCCGGAAGAUGCCAGCAGCGCCGGCCAGACGGGCCAAGCCAAAAGCAGAGUCCCAGCCGCAGCGCACCACUCCGACAAGAGCUUCUUGUGCUCAGUGUGCGGAUGUGGAUUCCCCCUCCAGCGCAGCCUCAAUGCGCACAUGCGGCAGCAUACAGGAAAGCGUUCGCACGCGUGUGACAAGUGCGGUAAGGGCUUCACGCUCAAGCAGAUCCUGCUGGACCACCAACGAUUGCACAAUAAGGAGCGACCCUUCAAGUGCACACAGUGUGACAAGAGCUUCUACCGAGCGAAAGGCCGGAAGAAUCACCAGCGCUUGCACGCCGUCCGCCACACUGUCGAGCACCGUUGCCCCGUCUGCGAAAAGAGCUUCAGUCACCAAUGCAACCUGCAGCGCCACCUGCGUAUUCACACAGGCGAGAAGCCUUUCCGCUGCGAAACGUGCGGGAAGAGCUUCAACCAGGCCGACACACUCAAGAGUCACCAGAGGAUCCACACGGGAGAGCGGCCAUUCAGAUGUGACACCUGCGGGAAGACCUUCACCCAGAAGGGGGCCUUAAAGACUCACUCCGGCGGCGCCUCACUAGCGUGCGUGGCUUGUGGCGCCACAGCAGCAUGCGCGGACGCAAUGCACAGCCACCUGCAAGCCCACGGCGAUGCCAUGCCGUGCAGCUGCGUGCUCUGUGGCCACCUGCUGACCACGGUGGCGCAGUUGACCGCGCACCAGCAGAACCACCAAAUAGCCAGCCGGGCACACGGCUGCACCAUCUGUGGUAAGAGAUUCAUGACAGCAAGCUACCUGAAGAUACACACCAGGUUGCACAGCGGAGUCAAGCCCUACUCCUGCGACAUCUGCCUUCGCAGUUUCUCACAGCUCACCAGCCUCAAAUGGCACAAGGAAGAACACAUUGGUGAGAAGCCAUUCUGCUGCGACAUUUGCGGCAAGUGUUUCAGCAGCAUGAGCAUCCUGACCUGCCACCAGCGCAGCCACACGGUCGAGAAGGGAGAGUUCACAGGUGGGAAGCCAUACGCCUGCGAAACGUGCGACAAGCGCUUCAGCCACGCCCCCAACCUGAUCCGCCACCGCCGCAUCCACACGGGCGAGAAGCCGUACGUCUGUGAUGUGUGCGGCCGCGGCUUCAACCAGAGCAAUAGUCUCAAAGCCCACCUGCAAAUCCAUACCGGCCACAAGAGAUUCACAUGCGACCGUUGUGGCAAGGGCUUCUGCGACAAGAGGAACCUCAAGAGGCACAAGUGCUCCUACGACUGACUGCUUGAAUGGUUAAACUAAACUCACCAGGGAAAUGGCAUCUUGCGCAGAAGGAAAGCAUUCUUUUGUUUAUUUAGGUUAAAUACUGUUCAAGUCUUGUAAAGCUCUCUGGUACUAAUGGAGAAGUCCACAGAGUUAAGAUCUAAGACCUAACUGAUGCUUUCUUGUAUCAACAUGGGCCAAAAAGACUCUCGUUCUUGGUUUUUCAUAGUUUAUUACAAAGAAACCACCUUCAUUUGAACUACAGGUGGUAGUAGUGUCCUCAAGCUGCAAUUCAGUUGCGUACACCAGGUUUAACCUCCCUUUAUUGAGCCCAGGAACAUAUUUUUGAAAAAUCCCGUGGCACACCACUAAACGUGUCACAAAAACUAUGUAUACUGAAAUAAUUAUGACUGUCUCAAUUUACUCACAUGUAUAUACUCAGUGUGAAAGCUUAGCCUGUUUAGUUGAACACAAAGCUAUAAUUCAGUUGUAUGAAUGGCAACUGGUGUAUGGUAUCUUGUAGAAGAGCAUUUCACUGUUUGCCUGUCACUAUAUUUUGAUGGUACAGAUAGAUGAAUGUUUUUUAGUAAAUAAUUACCAGACCAAUUGAGUGAAAUUGGAAGAUUUCUAAUGUCACACUUGAUGAUCUCAUCAGGGGUGAGGAGUCCCUGGUGUACAUCUGUGAACUACAACUACAUCGAAAUGGAGCAGUGUCAUUGGCGCGAGCCAGUAGUUUUCUCCAGGGGGUGGCAUUAUUUUUUUGUAAUAUAAAGCAUUACAUUCUUACAACUAUUGGAGCAUGUAAACUAUGCAUAAAAUGUAGUUUUUUUCAGCAUUGAUUCUUAAAACUAGUGAGCUACUGUUUAAAAAAAUAAUUCACAUGCAGCUUUUGCCAUGCCAAAGAAACGGUUUUCUAAAGGACUGCAAGGAGAAGCCUGUUUGUGGAAUGAUGGUGGCCCUUGUACAGGGCCCUGCAGUACGCUGGUGAAAUUUAAUUGACACAUCUGUGACUUAAAUGUCCUACUAAUUUUUUAAAAAAUAAAAUAAAUUUAGGAUGAACAUGA